AUGCACGAAAAACAACAGCACCAGACACAAGCAGGCGACGCCGUCCCGGCCCAGCGUAGCCCUCCCCAAACCCAGCACCACGACGACAUGGGCAAAGAUGCAGGCUACGCAGCAAGCACAAGCACAGCAAGCAGCACAAGCAUGACAAGUAGCAGCCCAAAGCGCCUAAAGCGCGGCACGUUUGUUGCCUACGGAGAGUGUGCGCAAACCAGGUGCAUGCAUCACCAAUCGAGUUCGGCAACCCACAUUCUCUCCUUCGACAAAACCAGCGACGACAACACCGUUGAGCAUGCUAGCGGACAGUAUUGCGUGCGGCGCCCGCCUGUUUUGGCGCGCAUUGCGCAGAGCGAUCCCAGCAACGUCACCUGCACCCUGCAGACAUCACCCGCCGUGCUGACCGUCACGGGUGUCACACGCGAGCAGGCGGCUGCGCUGGCAGAAGAGUGCACCAGCGAGCUCAUGGAGGCGUACUGCGACGCCGUCAUAUUGGAUUGGGGCUCAUUCGACUUCAACUUCUACAUGCACCGCUUCUUCGAUGAGGGCGAAGACGGUGGUGAACGUGUGCAUGACGCCCACGAACGCGCAACCUCUGCACACGCCAGUGACACCAACACCAGUACUUGCAGUGAGCACAGCACCGCCAACAGCAACGAUGUCAACUCAAGCACUUGCAGUGAGCGCAGCACCACAAGCAGCAACGACAGUGGUAGUGAUUAUGUUCGGUCUGGGGAGAAGGCGAGCGAUGUUGGUGGUGGUGGUGAUGGUGGUGUUCACAGCACGAGCCACAGCAGCGGCAGCGACAGCGACAGCAUCACUGCCAAGCAAGAUUCUGCAGAGCCACCAGCAGCUGCGCGCAUGUGCAUGCAGGCCAUCCCCGUCAACAUUGCGGGGAUGCACGGCGACUUCAAGCUGGAGGACGAUGACGAGAAUUUCGCGCUCGUCGCUGCUGCCAUCCGCCGCGCCCUGGACUGGCUGCAGUACACGAAGGACACGGAGUUUGCUGCAGUGGGUCCGAAGUUGCUGUUGGACUUGACCACGGUCUCCGCUGGCCUUCGACAAGCCAUCCUCGCCGACGUGGCUCGCUACGCUGAAGAAGCCAACGACGGCAAGCUGCAGCAGGAAGGGGAUGAGGUCCAGAAACAAGAGCAUCAACAGCAUCAACAGCAUCAACAGCAGGAAGAGCAGGAAGAGGAAGGGAUACAACAACAGCAGCACCAGCAGCACCAGCAACAACAGCCGCACCAGCAUCAGCACCAGCAGCACCAGGGAGAGAACGAGGUUGACGACUUGGAAGAGCAUGAGGAAUUCUGCAGCACUGAGCACAUAUUCAUCAUUGCAUCGACUCCCUGAUUGCUGCGCGCGAGGCCGUCGAUUAUGCGCUGGCCACCUUUCGCCUCGAUGUGCCUCCAGACCAUUCGGAUGUUGUAUUCGCUUGGUCGUGGGAAGAACUGCUGCACAACGUCACGCAGCAUGACGAUCCACAGUCCAUUGCCACAGCCAGAGGGAUAUGGGGGUUUCCCAAAGGGCAUGUUCCCGCUGACCUGCGCCCCGCUCUCGCCAACGUGGAGAUGAUGUGGCUGCGAAUCCACAAGCCUGAAGUGGAGGCCUACAAAUCGCUCCUGAGCCUCCCGGGCAUCAAGCUGAUCGACCUCAAAGGAGGGCUGCGCACUGCAAGGCUGCUUGAGCAGGUCAAGGCGACAGGCGACGAGGAGCUGCUGCGUCGCUUCAAGGAGGUGACGGUCUUGUACGACCGCAGAGGGUUGAGCCCAGAAGAGGCAGAGCACCAGCGACGCCGAUGCCGACUCUCGUAUGCGCUCGAGUAUGCAAGAAAUCAAGGGUACGACUCCGAAGGCCGCUGUCUGCGAUGCCAGCGCUGCUGCUGGUAUCAUGACUAUUACAUAGGCUGCGAAGAGUGCUAUCGCUUGAGGCCCGACCGCGACUAACUGUGCUUUUGCAUGCGUGUGCAGGCGUGUGUGGAUCUGUGCGCUGUUUGUUCGUGCCUCGGCAUUGUUUGUUUGCCUUCCGCUUUCGUUGAUGUGGUCUGGUCAGAUAUCUCCUUUUGUUGACAUGAUUAUGGUGUGACAUGAGUCAGACGUUGUUCACAAAUACAACGCCAGCACUCAAGC